AUGGCGGAUGCCUGGCAGGCUACUUAUAUAACCUUGGUUCCGAAGCGUCAGGAUGCGGCGGAGCCGGGUCAUUACAGGCCCAUUAGUUUGUGCACCUCUUUGUACAAGGUAGUAGCGAAGAUCAUGGUUGGGAGAAUGAGGGCCUUGUUGCCUAGCUUGAUUAGUAUGGAGCAGGGGGCGUUUGUGGGGGGGAGAAGCAUUUCCGAUAAUAUACUGCUAGCCCAGGAGAUGAUGGGAGAUCUACAGCGAGCUUCGAGGAGGCGUUGUUUGAUGGCUGUGAAACUGGAUAUGGAGCGUGCUUACGACCGGAUUCGUUGGGACUUCCUCAGGUGUGCUUUGGAGAGCUUUGGAUUCCAUCAGAUCUGGAUUGACUGGGUCCUGGGCUGUGUGCAAGGGCCUAGUUUCUCCAUCUUGGUCAAUGGUACGCCAUCUCCCUUCUUCAGAGCUACUAUGGGGCUUCGCCAGGGAUGUCCUCUUUCCCCAUACUUAUUCAUUAUUUGCUCUGAUGUACUCUCUCGUUGGCUACAUGUUGCUUGUGAGGACCAGGGGCUGGCUGCCUAUAGUCCAGCCCCUGGCGCCCGACCCAUUUCUCAUUUGUUGUUUGCAGACGAUUGCCUCCUGCUUGCUAGGGCGAGAGCUAGUGAUGCCUGUACUUUCCAGAGAGUGCUGACGGAGUACUGUGAGGCGUUUGGCCAGAGGAUUAAUCUCCAAAAGUCUGCCAUAUUCUUCAGUCCGAGCACAGAGCGGAGGGUGCGACGGGAGAUCAGGGUGAUUUUGGGGAUGCAGGAGCAGGUGGGGGCACUAGAUUACCUGGGAGUCCCCAUUACUGGGAGGAGGUUGCGGGUGGCGGAGUGUUCCACACUAGUGCAGAGAGUACAGAGUAGGCUUGAGGGUUGGAGGGCCUCAUCCCUCUCUAUGAUGGGCAGGCUGACGCUGGUCAGGUCAGUGCUAUGCUCCAUGCCGGUUUACAUUAUGGCCCACACAGUUGUGCCGAAGACAGUGCUGGUAGGGAUUGAGCGGCUUAUGCGGAGCUUCCUGUGGGGCUCCUUGGGGAGGGGCCAUGGAGUUCAUCUAGUGGCCUGGGAGAGAGUCUGCUCGCCUUUGAGUGAGGGUGGCCUGGGGGUACAGUCCCUCCUGGCUAGGCGUGAGGCACUGUUGGCGAGGCGUGCUGUGCAGCUUGUUCUGGAGCCACAUGGACUAUGGAGUCAGGUCAUGACAGCGAGAUAUGGUCCAGCAGGCUUAGUGGGCCAGGUGAUGGGUAGCCGGAGGAGAUCCUUUAUGUGGCGGGAGAUUGGGAGGUAUCUGCCUAUGGCCCAGGCACACUCCAGGUGGUUGACUGGCGAUGGCAGGUCCAUUGACGUUAUGGAGGACCCAUGGGUGGAUGCUCUCCCGCUGAGCUUGUGGCCGACGAUGAUUGGAGUUGAGUUAGCUGUGGGACUCCGGGUAUGUGACCUCCUCGUGCCAGGCGAGAGGGAGUGGGAUGAGGACAGACUGGGACAGUUAUUUGGGGAGCACCUAGUGGAGCGCGUUCGGGCUCUUCCCAUCCCGGGGUCAGCUGGUCCGGAUGUCAGGGUCUGGAGUACCACUUGUAGGACCAGAGUCAGUGUCGGUGAUGUUUCUCGGGUUCUUCUGCAGGAGUCUGAGCCGGGUAGGGACUGUGGUUGGGUAUGGAGGUUUGGCCUACACCAGAGGGUGGCACUGUUCCUCUGGAAGGUGGCCUGGGAUCGCCUGCCGACUAGUUCAGAGUUGAGUCGACGGGGGGUCGGCAUUUCCCCCUUGUGCACGCUCUGCGAGGUGGACGAGUCAGUGGAUCAUGUACUCUUCCAGUGUGGCUGGGCGAGGAGGACUUGGAGGCUGUCUGGGUUCUCGGAGGGCGUCUGGAGCCGGAGGGACGGCUUCCUGGAGGAGGUUCGGGGCUGGUCUAGAUCCCCACCGAUGCGAUGUUUGGCCGUUAGAGCGGCAUGUACAGCUUACCAGGUUUGGUUGGCCAGAAAUGGUCGUAUUUUUGGUGAUAUCAGUCUGUCCCCGUGGUUUGUGAUGGAGCGGGCCCGGGCGCAGGCAGCGGAGUUCCUCCAUAGAAAGUGUGGUGAAUGGAAGAUGAGAUAUCUAGUGGGCAAUGAGAGUAGUAUUUCACUUUGGUUUGACCAUUGGCAUUCCCUUGGUCCUCUUAUUGAGGUGUUUGGGGAAAGGUUUAUCUAUGAUUCUGGCCUUGGGCAGAAUGCCAAGGUGGAGGCUAUUAUUGACGGCCAGGAGUGGCACUGGCCUAUCUCUCGCUUCCCUGCAUGGCUUGAGCUCAUUAGUAGUACUCCUACUUCAUUCCGGCCAGAUAGCAGAAGGUCGGAUGUCUUGCAGUGGAUUGAUGCUCCGAAGGGUUCCUUCUCUGUUCGUGGUGUUUGGGAGUCGUUGCGCCGCGUGAUACUAGAGUGGACUGGUGGAAGCUUGUUUGGCAUAGCUAAGCUAUUCCAAGGAUGUCCUUUAUUCUUUGGUUAG